AAAACACUUCACCUACCAUCCAACUAUGACCUUUCAUUUUUUUAAUUCCUAAAAUACCCUUUUAAUCAACUACUCUCAAUCAAUUAUUCAUUUCAAAUUUUCCAUAAGAGUUGUAUAAGUUUGACCCGUUUUGUGAAUAUAAUAAAUAAAACAACUAUUGAAUGAUAAUAACUACCCAUUUCUUAAUUUGUGAAGAAGAGAGAUCAAAAAACAGAUAACCCUCUUUUGAGCUCUUAUCAUGGAUAACAAGACAUCAUCAUCGGCAAAACCAAAAACUGUUGAUUUGGAUGCACCUCUUCAUAACCUAGGAUUUGAGUUUGAAGAAAUCUCAGCAGGGAAAGUUUCUGGAAAUCUUCAUCUUACCCAAAAGUGUUGUCAGCCAUUUAAGGUGCUUCAUGGAGGGGUAUCAGCAUUGAUAGCAGAAUCACUAUCAAGUAUUGGAGCACAUAUAGCUUGUGGAUAUAAAAGGGUUGCAGGGAUUCAACUUAGCAUCAAUCAUUUGAAAUCGGCUGUGAUUGGUGAUUUUAUUCAUGCUGAAGCAACACCUUUGACGGUUGGGAAAUCCAUUCAGGUGUGGGAUGUGAAAAUCUGGAAGGUUGAUCCUUCAAACUCACAAAACAGAUUGUUGAUAGCAUCUUCUAGAGUUACUCUUAAAAGCAACAUGCCCGUCCCAGACAAUGCAAAACACGCCGGCGACUUGCUAAAGAAGCAUGCAAAACUGUAAAUGUUUUAAAUCAUACAAUUUAAGUUAAACUCAAUAAUGCUUGAAUGCAUCAAGGAGUUAUAAAUAUAUGCAGAUGAUACAAGAUGUGCAUCAUGAUAGAAUUUGUAGCUUUUUUUGGGUACUAUUGAGGCUAUUAGAUUCUAAACUAGGUCAUCAUGCGUACUUGAUUCAAGGUUUAAAAUUGAGUUUGCAACAACUUGAUUCAUGGUUUUAAA